UUUUGAAACAAAAUUUUAAACUGAUAUGUUACUUUUCGAUUUAUUAAAUAAAUUCUUGUUUCCUGAUCCUAUAAAUUCUAAGUUUCUUCCAUAUCUUAAACCAUCCCAAGAAUCUAAGUCUAAAAUCAAAAGCAAAUCCAGAACAAAGGAAAGGAAGAAAAGGAUUAACAAGAAAGAUGGGAAGCAAAGCUGUUGUAUCAAUCUUGUUAAUGGUUUCCCUUUGUGGUACCAUUUCUUUCACUCAAGGAGUAGCUGAAAUGCAAAAGCAGCCGACAUUUCCAGGACUUUUCCCACCUGGCUUACCCAUUGAUCUAGUAAAAUGUUGGUCGUCUCUCUUCAACGUUGAAGGAUGUGUGCUCGAAAUCUCUAAAUCAAUUUUCUCAGGCAAAUUUGAAAAUAUUGAAGGCGCAUGUUGCAAGGCGUUUUCGGCCUUAGAUGCCAACUGUUGGCCCCAUAUGUUUCCGUUGAAUCCGUUUUUCCCUCCUCUCCUCAAGGAUAUUUGUGCGCGUAUUGUCCCAAACUCUCCUACACACAACUAAAAGCAAGAAUGAUUGUUGAUCAACUACACAUUUUAGACUAGUUGUUAGCUUCAAAUUCCAAGUUUUUUAAAGUUAAUUUUUGUUGACAAGAUGUGAACUCAAAUUUUCGUUAUCUCAAUAA